AUGAACCAAGGUUCUUCCCACGCUCUUCUCGUUGAGAUCCCUCAGGAUUCAGUCAAUGGAACUGUCGGUCAUUCAGUGCUUCUGCCCAUCUCCUACAAGCUCCAGACGGGGCCAUUUCCCUCUCCACUGGGCAUUCAUUGGUAUUUCAGUAAUACCCCUAAUCCACUGGUCAGCUACACUGUGACUAAGUGCUCUGUCGGCACUGAGGGGAUCCCCACCCGCUGCUCUGGGGAUCAUUUUACACAUCCCGCCUACCAAGGCCGGGCUGAGCUGUUCCCUGAAAAUGCUUCUCUGCUCCUUCGGAACCUGCAGCUUAAUGACAGCGGCGUCUACAGCCUCACCUUCAAUGGACAGCGGCAAACUAAACACAUCACAUUAACUGUGUCUGAACCGCACGUGAACCCUGGAAACCCAGAGUCUAAUGGAAACACAGGUGAUGGAGGAAAACCAAAGAAGAAUCCAUAUCUCCUCCCUGGACUCCUGGUGACUGCAGGCCUCAGUUUGCUCCUAGUCCUCCUCUUGCUGGUCUUCUGCUUCAGAUGGCAUAUGGGUGAAGUUCAGCAGAGGAAGAGAAAAAUCAUAAAGAAGCAAGAGGUCCCAAAUAAUGAAGACUCUCCCAUGGAAAGUUCAAUACCAAACACAGUAUCAACAAUUUAUGCAAGGAUAGGAGAUGUUGGGCAGAGACAGCUCGCUUUCGACUCACAGACUGAAUACGCCUAUGUAUGCUUCUCUUAACAGCAGCCGGAACCCCAACGUGGACAGUUGGUUUUAGGCAUGUUCAGCACAUGCAGUUACUCUGGAAGUCAAACAGUUCAAGAACGGUGGUGUAAAUACCCCAAAAUAUCCGACUUCUUGGGAAAGCUCCAGCAGUGGCAAUGUAGUUCAGAUGGAUUUUUACAGACUGCCCAGCUCUCCAGACAAGUGCAUUUUACAAAUGUAAAUGGAUGAUGGAUUAAAUCUCAAGCGUCUUUGUGAACUCAGGACCCAUCCGCUCUGAAAGCAGCUUGAUAAUCCUGUAGAUUAUCCUGAUUGUCUCUUUGUAUUGGGAGAGAGCCUGGAGGCCCAAGUCAGGGAUCCAGGAUCCUAUCAUUCCAGGCAAUGAACAGACACAACAUAUAAAUGAUUCCUACCUCCAGAGCAUGUGGGACAUACUAAGCACUACUAUGAGUUCCAUUAACAUGUACCCUGUGAGCCCAGUAACUUUCUGGGUGUCUGUGAUGCACAGUAUGUGUAGCAUUUGGUGCCAUCAUGUGGGAGCCAGAAUAGGAAAUGUACUAUACCUUGCUCAAGUCUCUUCCAUGGAUCGUGGGCUCUAUGAAAAUUGUGGAAUGAGAUGCUCUUUAUUCAGUCUAAAGUAAUAUUGCGAACACAAAGUGAAGAUAAAAGCAAUUGGGUAAGUGAGACAGGAAAUUGCUGCUGAUGUGGGGGAAGGAAGGAUCUUUCUUUAUGCAACUAUUUAAAUAUUUCAUAUGGCAGGCAACUCAUGUCCUUGGGCUCCCCUUAAUUUGGAGGCCUGGAAAUGUAAAGAGAAACUUAGAUUUUUUUUAAAGUAAGUUUCUUUCUCCUUUCGCUGUGAAGCUAACCUUGCUGCUUUAAAACUAUCUGUCCCGAUUGCUAGUGCUGAAAAUUCAUUGUUUGUUUCCUGGCACCACAGCCUCUCCAUGGUCCAUUCUCGAGCCAAAGAGGCCUGGCUUAGGGGGCCCAUGAAAACCGUGGUAACAGGCCCUUCCAUGGAACAUUUGGGUUGAAAUUACCCAAAAGGUUUCAAUGAGAAUCAGUUUAAAA